AUGCCAGGACGAGUAUCAUCCAGAUCCACGAGGACCUCUGCAGCAGUCUCUCACAAAUCCUCCACCCAAACCCUCAACUCGCGAGCCUCAACCACAUCCCGAAUCUCUUCCCCUUCCAUCGACGUCCCCGAAGAAAGCCCCGAAAACCAACUGCGCGCCCAAAUCGCCUCCAUCUUCCGCGAUGCGCAACGAACUACGGCCUCCCAUCGCAAACUGGUUAUCAACCUGCGCAAAAUCCAAGAAGCAUGCUGCUACGAACCGACCAGCGUGAAAAAUAAAAAGACAGGCGCUGAAGACUUCGAUGAAGAGCAAUUUACGACGGAGUUCACACGAUGCGUAGUGAGGGUUAUGCCGGUGAAGAAGACUGAGAGUGUUGGGGAGCGCGCGAUUCGGUUUAUUGGGCUGUUUCUAAAACAUGCGAAUGAGAAGGAUAAUGAGCUUAAUGAGAAUGAAGACGAGACGAUGGGUGUUAUGGUUGAGACGCCGAGUACGAGACUUACGACUACCUUGAUGAAUACUGUGUUGCCCUUGUUAACUUCCAAGGAGAAGUUCGUAAGGUUCAGGAGUACGCAGUUGAUUUCGCAUGUUAUUAAUUCGUUAGAGGCGAUUGAUGAUGAUUUGUUUCAGCUAUUAAGACAUGGGCUAUUGAAGAGGAUUCAUGAUAGAGAGGCCAUGGUUAGAGUACAGGCUGUCUUGGGACUCGGAAGACUUGCUGGCAAUGAAGCCGACGGGGAGGCUGAGGAUAGUGAUGAUGAUUCUGGAGCUGGUCUGCUGGAUAAACUUCUGGAUGUACUCCAAAAUGACCCCAGCGCCGAUGUUAGAAGGUCACUAUUGGUAAAUUUGCCAAUCCUACCAAACACGCUACCAUUUUUACUGGAACGAGCUCGAGACCAGGAUCCUGCAACUCGCCGAGCGCUGUACUCCCGUCUCUUGCCUGCUCUUGGCGAUUUCAGACAUCUUUCUUUGUCGAUGAGAGAGAAGCUGUUGCGAUGGGGUCUUCGCGACCGUGACGAGAAUGUUCGCAAAGCUGCCGGAAAGCUAUUCCGUGAACGCUGGAUUGAAGAUUGUGCUGGAGCUAGCGAGCCCGAAGAAACAGAAGCCGGGGAGGGUGCCGAAGCUCCUAAUUCAGAGGCUAAGGGUCCCAGUUUCGACGGUUUGCUCGAGCUCCUGGAACGUAUUGACGUUGUCAACUCUGGUGUCGAAAAUGGAGUCGCUUUGGAGGCUAUGAAGGGAUUCUGGGAAGGUCGCCCUGACUAUAGAGAUUCUAUCACGUUUGAUGACUAUUUCUGGGAAACACUGAGCGCUGAGGCCGUUUUUAUAGCAAGAAGCUUCAAUGACUUCUGCAGGAAUGGGGAAAACGGCAAAUACGAGGCUUUGAUUGAAGAGAAAAUGCCCGAAGUAACAAAGCUGGCAUAUUAUCUUCAUCGAUACACUGCAGUUCUAGUUGAGGCCAUAAAGCGUAUCGCAGCUCAGGAGCCUACCGAGGACGUAGAAGAAGAGGAUACUGUGGAGCAGGAAUUCAUUGUAGAACAGCUGCUUCACAUUGCUCAGACACUGGAUUAUUCCGACGAAGUUGGUCGCCGUAAGAUGUUCGCUCUGCUACGACAAUCUCUUUCGAUUCCAGAUCUGCCUGAAGAAGUUACAAAGCUUACCAUUGACGCUCUCCGAGGUAUCUGUGCUGCAGAUGCUGCUGGAGAGCGAGAAUUCUGCAGUAUCGUGCUUGAGGCUGUUGCUGAUGUUCACGACACGAUUAUGGAUGAGCCAAGUUCAGAAGAUGCGGAUGAAAGUUUCCAUUCUGCAAAAUCUGAAGUCAGCGAUGAUGGUACAGCAGGUGGAUCAAGGAAGAAGUCAGAAACUCCCGAACAGGACGACCAAGAGAAAGCCGUCCGAGAGAUCAUGGUGAACAUGAAAUGCUUACAUAUUGUUCAGUGUAUGCUCGAAAACGUUGAAGGCAAUCUCCAGCAAAAUGCCCACUUGGUAGCCAUGCUCAACAACUUGGUAGUUCCCGCUGUUCGGAGCCACGAAGCACCGGUUAGAGAGCGUGGCCUUUUGUGUCUUGGUCUUUGCUCUCUACUGGACAAGUCACUCGCCGAGGAGAAUCUGACAUUGUUCAUGCAUUUCUUCAGUAAGGGUCACUCAGCGCUGCAAAUAACCGCUCUUCAGAUCCUCACCGAUAUCCUAAAUCAACAUGGCGCACAUCUCCUCGAUACGAAUCCUACCCUUCUCAAAGUCUACUUGAAGGCUUUGAAGUCCGGAUCGAAAUCUCCUGAGGUGCAAGCUGCCGCUACAAUUGCUGUCUCAAAACUCAUGCUUGGACGUGUGAUUGCUGAUAGCUCGACCGUCAUCGACGACCUGCUUAAAACUCUCAUAGUUCUCUACUUCGACCCAAGUACGGCUCAUAAUCAAGGUGUCCGUCAGACACUCUCUUACUUCCUACCUGUCUAUUGCUUCAGUCGAAAAGAGAACCAGGACCGCAUGCGAAAGGUAGCACUAGAUGCGAUGCAUAAGCUAUUCGAGAUUCAAGAGACUAUGGAUGACGAUGGUGAAGCUGAGUUUGAAAUGGUGGGUCUCGGCACAAUCGGUGCCCAUCUAGUCGACUGGACGGAUCCGCGAAAAUGCUACAUCCCUGGCAACCAGCUGACUCUGGGGGACGAGGGUGCCAAGAAAGCCGUAAACGGCGAUGUGCAUCUAUACUUUGCCAGAGAUCUUCUAGAGAAGCUUGACUCGGGCAUUAGUCGCGAAGAAAAGAAAACAAUCGCCCCCCUCCUCGCAAAACUUCAUAUAUCCUCUGCCUCAACCGAAUCCCUCAUUCGUGAACUCUACGACGAAGUAUCAGCCGCUAUUGAAGAGAAACUAAUCGGUGACGCCACGGGUCGUAAUGCUUUAUUUAAAAUCCAUGUCAGUCUUGGGAAGAUUGUGAAUUCACUGGUGGAGGAGGCUCCCGUUGCUAGUGGGAGGAAAAGCAGUGUUACGCCUAGUGUUGCGGAUGAGGAAAAGACUGUUAUGGCGAUUGAAAGGGACGCGGAGGUUGAAAGUGAUAAGACUGAGCUUGUGAAAGUGGAAGAGGAAGAAGAUAGCGAGGGGACUGUUAUUGCGGAUGUCGAUGCGAAAGCCACGCGGGACUCGCUUGUGGAGAGUUUGCUGGAGGAUAGCGAUGUUGAGAUGACGGGAUGA